AUGGCGGCCAACUCUCGCCUCUUCAAGCCUCUGCAGGUGGGCCCGUACACACUGUCGAACCGGGUGGUGCUGGCGCCGCUGACGCGGUUCCGGGCCUCGGACAGCCAUGCACCGCUGCCGUUUGUGGCGGACUACUAUGCACAGCGCGGCUCGGUGGCGGGCACGCUGCUGAUCUCGGAGGCGACGUUUAUCUCAGCCAAGGCGGCGGGCUACCCGAACGUGCCGACGCUGGCGACGGACGAGGCGCUGCAGGCGUGGCGUGCGGUCACGGAUGCAGUACAUGCCAAGGGCAGCUUCAUCUUCUGCCAGCUGUGGGCGCUGGGCCGCGUGGCCUACCCGACCGUGCUGGAGGCCGAGAAGGCGGCGGGAGCCGACAACCUCGGGCUGGUGGGCAGCAGCGCAAUCGCACACGAGGAGGGUGCAGCGGUGCCGCGUGAGCUGACUGAGGCCGAGAUCGAGAGCUUUAUCGCCGACUACGCGGCGGCGGCUCGUGCAGCCGUCGAGGUGGCCGGCUUCGACGGUGUCGAGAUCCACGGAGCCAACGGCUACCUCGUCGAUCAGUUCACGCAGGACGUCAGCAACCAGCGGACCGACCGUUGGGGCGGCUCGAUCGAGAACCGCUCCCGCUUCGGCCUUGAGGUCACGCGUGCCGUCGUUGCUGCCAUCGGCGCCGAUCGUGUUGGCAUCCGUCUCAGCCCCUACAACAACUUCCAGGGCAUGGGCAUGAAGGAACCCAAGCCGCAGUUCGAUCACCUCAUUCGCGGCCUGCGUCCGCUUGGCCUCGCCUACCUGCACCUCGUCGAGGCCCGCAUGAAAGGCGCGGACGUUGUUGACACCCCCGAUAAUCUCGACUUUGCUCUCGAGGCUUGGGGUGCUGGUCCGACCGGUGGCAACAGUGCGCCCGUCCUGCUGGCCGGUGGCUACAACGAGGACAAUGCCGUCGCUGCCGUCGAGGACGCGCACAAGGACCAGAAUGUCGGCAUCGUCUAUGGCCGCUACUUCAUCAGCAACCCGGACCUCGUCUUCCGCCUGCAGCACGGCAUCCGCUUUGCGCCGUACGACCGUACGACCUUUUAUGCGGCCAAGUCUCGCGAGGGCUACGUGGACUACAGCUUCUCGGAAGAGUGGCAGAAGGAGAACUCGUCGCAGGGACAUCUGUAG